UUUUGCCUCCUAGGUGUAAUUGCUGAGGAUACUCAAAAUGGCUCUCCGCUUCCGCACCUUACUACCUUUUGCCAUCCCCGGAGUGCUGGCGCUCAUUGGAUGGUGGUGGUUUUCAUCGCGUAAAAAGGAACGUGCCAGCAAUCACGACCGACAAGACUUCACCAGCUUGGAAGGAUGUAGGAUAGGCUCUUGCAAGGUGGGCCCCGACUGUAGGGAAGACGCAGCACCUUGCUCUAGAGAGGAGGCUGAAGCUGACAGCAGGCUUACUCUGCCUUCAGAAAUGGAGUGUUCUGCUAAAGUGUUGACUCCCAACUGUUCACCCCCUGCAAGGGCAGCCUCUUCGGAGCAGAAAGCUCAGAGCUUGGAUUCCUCAGGAGACCUUCCAGUCCCAGCAGGAACUACCACUGAAUCCGACAUGUUUCAGGACGACAGUAAAAAACUCGAUAUCGUGGUGGUGUCCCAAGGUGCACCUGGGUUUCCUGCACAAGAACCCUCCCUCAUCUCACAAACGACCAGCAACUCCCGUAGUGUUGGCAUUACUGCUGGGGGCAAGGCAGAUGCCAGUCAGGUCGGGAACCAGCUGCCAUUGGUGGAAUCACCUUGUUUGGAAGAGUCGUUGGGCAAUAGUUUGGAGAAGAAGAGAACUGGAGACUUAAGCUUGGACGAAGAGGAAGUUGAGAAAAUAGAGCAAGUAGCCAUUCAUAUAAUUUCUCAAGUCAUCUUGGCAGCCACCGAGGAAGUGCUUUCCAGUUCAGUCAGUGACAUGACGGACAGGCUUUGCCAAAUGGCAGCCAGCCAUAUUGAAAAACCGCUAGAAAGGGUGUCCUUGGCAGCUGUUAGUCAAGCGGAGUCCGGCAAGGGCCACGACUCUGUCUCUGAGAAGAAGGCGGCAGGCUCUGCCCCCCUGCUGGAAGAGAACACCCACCAUCACACCACGUUCUCGAGCCACUUGGUGCACGGCCUCUUGGCCAACCCAAGUCACAGCCGGCCCAGGGACUCCACUCGUGCUGAGCAGCUUGCCGGGGAGCCGGCCGUGGCUGGAAGCCAUAAAGAGGAGCUGAGAGAGAUCCCUGUUGCAGCAGAGGGUUCUGGCUGCAGCACAUGCGCCUCAGAAGAUGCGGCGAGCACAGAGGACCUUUUGAACAACAGCUCUUCUUCCAUUUCACGGCAACGGCUGGAUUCGUUGAACAUGUCCACAGCCAAAGACUCGGAGCAUAGUUCUGUACCGAGCAAGAAACCUCUAUCCCCCCCUGCACUUCCUGAAAACAAGGUGCCCUAUAGCAAUGGAGUGCUGAGAGAGGACUGCUUGGACUUGCGGCACGAGCAGCUGUGGCCGGCAGAAGCGGAGGCUGACCACUCCGGAGGUUCAGAUGUAAAUAGCAUGGAUUCUGUGGACAGUGGCUGCCAGAACGUGGGAGCUGAAUCAAAUAAGAUGGAACUUGUUAUCUGGGAGAUCGAGGUACCAAAGCAUUUAGUUGGCCGGCUGAUUGGUAAGCAGGGGAGGUACGUGAGCUUCCUGAAACAAGCAUCUGGCGCCAAGAUCUACAUUUCAACGGUUUCUUACGCCCAGGACUUCCAGAUCUGCCAUAUAGAAGGCUCCCAGCAAAAUGUUGACAAAGCCUUGGGUCUGAUUGGCAAGAAGUUCAAAGAUUUAAGCCUCACCAACGUCUAUGCUCUUCCCCCUCCUACACUGCCCCUGCAUUCCCUGCCAAUGACUUCCUGGCUCAUGCUUCCAGAUGGAGUGACAGUGGAAGUCAUUGUGGUUAACCAGGUCAACGCUGGGCAUCUCUUUGUACAGCAGCACACCCACCCCACGUUUCACGUCCUGCGCAGCUUAGAUGAGCAGAUGUAUCUCUGCUAUUCCCAGCCUGGGAUCCCGACUAUGCCAACGCCGGUGGAAGUUGGCGUGGUCUGUGCUGCGCCUGGGGUGGACGGGGCCUGGUGGCGAGCGCAAGUGGUUGGCUACUUCAAAGACUCCGACGAAGUGGAGAUCAGAUACGUGGACUACGGGGGAUACGAGAGAGUCAAAAUUGACACGCUCAGGCAGAUCAGGUCAGACUUUGUCACACUCCCUUUCCAAGGAGCUGAAGUCCUGCUGGAUAACAUCGUGCCCCUUCCAGACGAAGAUCACUUUUCAUCUGAAGCAGACACAGCAGUCAGCGAAAUGACGAGAGGCACGCCGUUGCUGGCACAGGUUACAAAUUACGACACCGUGACGGGGUUGCCUCUAAUACAGCUGUGGAGCAUGAUAGGAGAUGAGUUGGUGUCUAUAAACCGGACCAUGGUGGAAAGAGGAUUUGCAAAGUGGAUCGAAAGCUACUAGGAAAGGCUUUGCUGUUCUCCUGGCUAGUUGUUUCCCUUGUCCACUCCCCUGUGUUCUUUUUUAUCGCCUUUACGCGUGUUGGCACUCUUUUGGAAUUGGGUUUGGCAGUCCCUCCCGACACACGAAGCAUAAACUGCUGGUGCAUCUGGUCUAUUCCAAGGCGUCCUGACAAGUUAUGCAUUUCUCCAUCUGUAUACUUCAUCACAAGGCAGGGAGUUAAACCAUAAGCCAUACUGUAUCUCUGAAGCCUCGGGGUUUUUUUCCCUCUCUCUGACCUGGGUCCAAAAGGUAAAAAGAAAAAAGAAAGGAAAAAAAGAAAAAAAAGUAUAUAUGAAUGAAAAAUCCUGUCAGGGUUACGGAAGGAAAUCAUCAAGGAUUUAAACUGUGUGUGGAGCACAUCCCCAGUUGUCCAACUGGCUGCUGCAUUAACACUUGAAUUGCUCCUGCUUGGAAGCCAAAAUGUCUUCUGACCAGGGGAGAGAAGGGCUGGCGUUUUGGGGAGCCUGUUUCCCUGUGUUUCCCAACAUGCACUGGCUGUUCUCAGCUUUGGGGAGGCAGCCAGGAAACGAGUGGAGAGCCGCUGGUUCCGAUAACUAUUUUUGUUGUUGACUUGGUUUUUUAAUUAAGGCUAAGUUUGCUCAAGAAAAAGAAACUGCCAUUUUGCAGACUCCUUAAAUUGAUCAAAUAAACCAUGAUAGCAGCAAUCUUUUAAAUCCCCAGAUCAUGUUCAGACAAAAAGAAGAAAAUUUGAUUGCCAAGCCUGAUAGAUACAAUUACAAUUUUCUAGCUGUACAACAACUUAUGUAAAUAUAUAUAAAAAUAUUGUAAUAUUUUGUACAAGAAGGGGGGGGGGGAAACCACUGGAGAAAAAUUAAAAGGGAACGUAUAAUAUAAUCAACUCUUUUUCACCAAAAUGUCCUCUGUAGUUAGACCGAUUUGUCGUUAAUAUUGGUACAGUGAAGCUCUUGAAGGGGUGAGGGCUCUUUUAGCGCUCAUGUACUGGAUGGCAAUUUUGGCUAGCUUUUGCUGAAUGGAAUGAAUGGUAAUCUACAGACCCUUUGCUACUUACUACUUUGCUGUACAGAUCUGACUUUAAAAAAAAAAGAGGGGGGAUAACAUUUGGAAUUAAUGUUGCAGUGGUGUGUCUUGAUCUCUUUGCUCCUCCUUAGAUUUGUUUCAAAUAUGGAAUUUAAAAAAAAAGAAAUCAAGUAAUUUAAGUUAAUUUAAUACUAUUAAAACAUACAUGAAUUUAAACACA